CACAACGUAGGAAUGUAGGUAUGAUGGAUAUAGACGAUGAUGAUAGUGUUAGCUCGUGGUCGAUGAAGUCAGAUCAGAUGAUUUUGUAUCGCGAUGAAGAAAUUCAUGUUGAUAAUGAUAGAUUUCUUGAUCAACAUCUGGAUUCUCUAUACGAAAAAAGGAGUUCCACGAGAGAGAAUGCUUUAUCAUCGAUUAUAGAGGGUUUCAACAGUGAUUUGCAGCAUGAAUUUGUUGAUAGAAAGUUUGCUACGCUAUUACAUCAGUGUUUGAAUUGUAUCAAAAGAGGUUCAGCAAGGGAGAUAUCUUUAGCUUCACAUGUCAUUGGACUGUUGGCUCUUAUCACUGGUCCUGGGGAUAAAGCUACAGAAAUAUUUCGAGAAUCAGUGACUCCUAUUUCGCAGGCUCUUAAAACUGGCUUUGAAGCAUCCAAGACCUGUUCGCUGCUGUAUUGCUUGGCUAUAAUAACAUUUGUUGGUGGUAAUGAACCAGAAGAAACAGAGGCAUCCAUGCAAUUAAUGUGGCAAGUGAUUCAUCCAAAGUUGGGCAGCAAUGUUGUGGCAACUAAACCUUCAAUGGCUAUAAUAACUGGAAUGGUGAUCUCUUGGUCAUUUCUUCUUACCACCAUGGAUGGACAGACUCUUGAUUCUAAAACUUGGCAAGGGUCCAUUUCUUACUUGUCUACUUUGCUAGAGAAGGAUGAUAGGCCCUUGCGCAUUGCAGCUGGUGAAUCACUUGCUUUAAUAUUUGAGAUUGGAAGCUUGGAGAAGUUCUGCAAUGAGGCAAAGGGACAUAGUAAUGGCUCCCAUCAAGAAAGGAGAGAGUCUGUACAUAUUCAGGGCAUGAGAUCAAAAAUCUUGAAUCAAGUGAGAAACCUUGCUGCUGAAGCAGGCGGUAAAGGUUCCAUCAAGAAAGACUUGAACCGUCAAAGAAACUCAUUUAGGGACAUUAUGGAAUUCAUCGAGAAUGGAUAUACUCCCGAAACUUGUACAAAAAUUGGUGGGGAUUCACUAAAGACAUUUACUUGGUCCCAGUUGAUUCAGCUGAACUUCAUGAAGCAUUUUCUUGGAGGAGGAUUUAUCAAGCAUAUGCAGGAAAAUGAGUUUGUUCAUGAAAUAUUUGACUUCGAGCCCAAGAGGAAACUGCUUGACGAUGAGAAUUUGACCUGCAUUCCGAAGAGGUGGUACAAAUCACCAAAUUCUGCCAUGAGCAAGACAAGAACUCAGACAUUGAACAAGCAGAGAAUGCAGUCCCAGGAUAGGAACGUUGGUCACUUUGCAGUUGGUUUUCGCGACGAAUAAGGGAUGUAUUUGAUCUAAAUUGUCGAAGAAAAGAAAGAAACAAAUAUACAAUUUCUUUGAGGAGCCGAGUCUCGGGUAAAAGCUCAGGCUCUAUUUCAUUAGUGUGGACAAAAUUACCUAAUUGAAUGAUUUCAUUGUUUGUUAAAUAGUUAAAAUUGUGGAAAUAAAGAAAGCAUAUAUGUAUAUUGAUAUUAAUAGCUAU